AUAUACCAAAAUUUUAAUAGAAAUCAUCAAACAAAGUAUAAAGAUCAACUUUAUUCAAAGAUAUUCACUUAAAAAUUAACAAUUGAAAUAAUACAUAAUGGUUUGUCAAGCUGCUGAAUGUGCCUGUGCUAAGAAGUCCACUUGUUCUUGUGGAGCCAAGCCAGCUUUGGAAUGCAACUGUUCUAAGGCAUCUACUGAAAACGUCAAGCCACCUGCCUCUGAAGCUUGUGCUUGUGGUAAGAGAUUAAAGGACCAAUGUUCCUGUGGUGCUCAAAGUUGUGCAACCAGAGAAGGUGAAACCGAUUUCACUAACGCUUUGUAAGUUACAAAUUCAACUAAAAAUAGAACCAAAAUAGGAAAAUUUAGGGUACUCUGCAAGACAGAGUACGGUGUAUAUUAAUAUUAAUAAAAGAUAGAGAUUAUUCAAGAAGAAGU